AUGGGAUCUCUUUCUAACGUCGUCGAAGCCAAAUCUACAACUCGUUACAUGGUCAUUCAUACACCUAACACUUUUCAUUCCAUUUCUCCGUUUCUCAUUAAUAAACUCAUUUUAUCUACUGUUGGUGAAGUUCAAAAUAUAAAAAAAUUGCGCUCUGGUGAUAUACUAUUGCAGGUAUCCGAGAAACAAGCAUUACAUAUCAGUAAAAUGACAAUACUAGGUUCAUUCCCAAUAGAAACAUCGUACCAUAAAACAAUGAAUAUAUCACGUGGUGUACUUUCCGAACCAGAUUUCAUAAAGGUUUCUGAAGCAGAAUUUUUGGAAGAACUACGAGAUCAAAAUGUCUGCGCCGCUCGUCGCAUAAAUAUUCGACGAGGUGACAGACUUGUUCCCACACAACAUGUUGUUCUGACAUUUCAAACGCCGGUUUUGACUAAAUCCAUCAAAGGUGGUUAUAUUAACUGCAAAAUUCGACCUUACAUCCCUAAUCCUCUUCGUUGCUUUAAAUGCCAGAGGUAUGGGCAUUCACAAACCAGCUGUCGAAAUAAUGAAAAUAUUUGUGGUAAAUGUGCAGAAUCUGGCCAUGAAAUGAAUACUUGCACAUCCGACAUUCUGAAAUGUGCUAACUGUUCUGGCUCCCAUGCUGCAUUUUCCAAGCCCUGCCCUAAGUGGAUCUUGGAAAAGGAAAUAAUUUCCACUAAGAUAAAAAAGAAUAUAACUUUCCCAGAAACCCGAAAAAUUGUGAGCGAUAGAACUCCAAAAGUUGGUGUUUCCUAA